UGCAGCUACUGCCUGUGUUGUGUUGGUUUGGAGCAAUACAUAUUGCAGUAAUAUUAUUUUUGUAGUGUUUUCCUUAUCGCAAGACGACUAUUAAAAGACAAAAAAGAUUGGAAAGCUCUACCUCUCGCAACAGACUGAAUAAUGGAGGACGACGCUCCUGUUAUUUAUGGUCUGGAAUUCCAGGCACGAGCGCUUACUGCCCAGACAGCUGAAACGGAUGCCAUUCGUUUCCUUGUGGGCACACAGUCACUGAAAUUUGACAACCAGAUCCACAUCAUUGACUUUGAUGACGAGAAUAACAUCAUUAAUAAGAAUGUCCUCCUGCACCAAGCUGGGGAGAUAUGGCACAUUGGCGCCAGUCCUGCAGAUAAGGCUGUGCUUACCACCUGCUAUAACAAAACCAGUGACAGCAGAGUGGUGUCCUGCGGAGCAGUGUGGCGGAUGCCCUGUGAUUGGGAGACAGGAAGCCCUGAGUCACCUGACGACUCCGCCCACAACCCCCAAACCCUGGAGUUGCUCUGUCACCUGGACGACAGCGCCCACAGCAACGCUGCCUGCGUGCUGUGGGAGCCCAUGGGGGAUGGCAAGCGUGUGAUUUCAUUGGCUGAUAACCAUGCACUACUCUGGGACCUGCAGGAUAGCUCAACACAGGCCACGGUCUCCAGCAGCGCCACCCUGGAGGGCAAAGGUCAGCUCAAGUUCACCUCGGGCAAGUGGAGCCCCCACCACAACUGCAGCCAGCUUGCCACAGCCAACGACACGGCCAUCCGGGGCUGGGACCUCCGCACCAUGAGUCAGAUCUACUGUAUAGAGAAUGCCCAUGGCCAGCUGGUGCGUGACCUGGACUUCAACCCCAACCGCCAGUACUACCUGUCCAGCUGCGGAGACGACUGCAAGGUCAAGUUCUGGGACGUCCGCAACGUCCAGGAGCCCAUCAAGACCCUGGAGGAGCACUCGCACUGGGUGUGGAGCGUCCGCUACAACCACAGCCACGACCAGCUGGUGUUGACGGCCAGCAGUGACAGCCGCCUCAUCCUCUCCAAUAUGGUGUCCAUCUCAUCGGAGCCAUUCGGGCACUUGGUGGACGACGAGGAGCUCAGCGAGGGGGAGGACAACCACCAGGAGGACAAGGGUAAGGAGCCCCUACAGGACAGCGUGGUGUCUACCUAUGAGGAACACGAGGACAGUGUGUAUGCGGCGGAGUGGUCGUCGGCCGACCCCUGGCUCUUCGCCUCGCUCAGCUACGACGGACGUCUCGUCAUCAACAGGGUCCCCCGAGCCCUCAAGUACCGCAUCCUGCUCUGAGAGGCUGGGGAGGGACAGGUGAUCAGUGUGUGUGUGUGCGUGUGUGUGCGCAGUAAGCAAGUGAGUGAAGACGAAGUAACCCAGCUGUAAACAUUCUUUGCAACAAAAAGUCCAACAUUCCUUUAUAACGUGACACAGUCAGUGUGCUGUGCAAGAUGCUGCAAUGCUGCAGCGUGUGAUGUAAAUCUACUGAAGCUCAUAUGUUUGACUGACCACUGGAAACAAUAAAAGGGUUUUGGCGCUUAAAUGACUGCUGAAACAUUCGUCAUGGUGUGCUGUGGUGGAACACAUAAAUGAGUAAAAUCAUUUUCUUCAUCCAAAAAACUCUACUGUGUCAUGUCAUCUUGUGCAUAAAUAUGUUAUUUCCCAACGA